AUGGCGGCUCUGCAGCAAGUACUAAACCUUGUGCCUCUGUGCUAUGACCUCCCUUGUCUUCACGAUCUUGCCACACACGCAGCUAGCAGCUGUCGGAAACUAGUGCCUAACGGUCUCAGCAGAUAUUUCGAGAUGGUCGACGACCUCAGCACCGCUAUCAUUCGCCUGACCGAGUACAAGGCCCUCCUUACAAAUCUCAUCAUGAUCACUCAAGGCUUACUUCAUCCAUGUCGUACCUCCCUAACCGAGACUUUGGCUACCAUCAUCUCCCAGGCGGCAACUCCAUUUCUUUACGACCAAUCGCAUUCGACCAUACAUUACGCGUAUGGUUCGUACGCCGGUACGAUCACAAAAAGAACCAGGAUUGCCGGCGAACUCGAGCGCGCUCCACGGGGACGGGCGGCGGCGUGCGGCUGGGUGAGAAUCGGCGGAGAAGGGCACAGGCGAUUGGAACGCCGGAGUCGAAUCGAGGAUGGCCCAGUUGUUGGGAGCUUGAGGGGUGUGAUGCGUUUGCGUGGUAGCUGUGUCGGUACCCGAGUGCCCACGGUCGAGAUCUGCGGACGAAUGAACCAGAGCGACGAUCAAAAGAGCGGGAGGCGACAGAGCAGACAGGAGAAGGGAUGGUUGCGGGAUACUGAGAAGCGACGGGAGACACAGGACCGGGGGAGAGCCAGGAUGUGCAAGGAGGAUAAGGAGAGAUAA